CAUCAAUAAAGUUUCAAUCCUAAUGAAAAGUUCUAGAAACUCAUCCAUGAAUAGGCUUCAUAUCUGUUUGGCAUCAUUGACCAAUGUGGUCCCUGAAUGCGUCCUGGCCUGUGACGGAUGCACCGACUGUCUUGUAGGCUUUUCAACCGUAGACCUAAUGAUCCUGAAAUCCAGACUAAUUUACCCAUUGAUGUCCAUUGUAAAUAUUAUCAAUCACCAGCCUAAAAAAGAUAUUCUACUGUAAUGACAGUUUCUGAAAAUGAUCGGAACAAUGGAUGGGAAGUCUCCGCACGGCUUUUUUAAGACAGUAUUUACUUUUUAGGGCCAAAUGUUUUAUAAACAAGGAUAGCCCAUUAUUUGGAUAACAAUGAAAGAAAACAUUUUUUGCCUUAAGGGAGGAGGUAGUGAAGAUUGUCAUCAUAGAAACAAUGCAACUUUAUUUUCAAAGUCAUCAAUAAAAAAUCAAACAGGAUCAGUUUUUAGAAACACCUACCGGAUAAAGAGAUCCACAAAAGAGCUUCGUUUCCAAUUAAAGGCCAAUAGACGGACCUAAAGGGCAAAACGCGAGGACCCUGUGAGGGGGAGAUGCGGACACCGCUAUGGAGUUUCCCAGACUGCUCGCUUUGCUGUUGAUAUUGUUGGAGUGGACCAGACCAGGCCUCCCAUCCCCUUUGAGGCCAAUCUGUGACCUGAGGGUCCUGAACCAUUUCAUCAAGGAGGCACGAGACGCAGAAGUGGCUAUGAAGUCAUGUAGAGAAGGAUGCAGCCUGUCUGAGUCGGUCACUGUUCCCCAAACCAGAGUGGAAUUAGAUGCAUGGGAGAAGAAAAAUGCGCUGGAGCAAGCCCAGGAAGUACAGACCGGCUUAUGGUUAUUAAAACCGGCCCUGAGCUUGCUGCAGACGUCAGUCACCAACACUGCCCUGCUCAGCCACAUCGAUAACUCAAUCCGAAACCUGCUCAGCAUCAGCGCUGUGCUGCGCAGCCUCAACAUCCAGGAAUUUACCCCACCAGCAAGUGCAGCAGGGCUUGAGGGAACAUGGACGGUGUCCUCGUCCACAGAUUUGCUCCAAGUCCACGUCAACUUCCUUCGAGGCAAAGUGCGCCUGCUGCUUUUGGAUGCACAGGCUUGUCAGCAAGAUGUCAGCUGACUUCUCCUCUCCAGGUGAAGCUCAUUUGUUUCCCAAGGCAAGAGGAGGGACUAGACACUGCUGAUCUGCACGCUGGCUGCUGGAAGCUGUGUGGAAAGAGAAAAAAAAAAGAUACAGCCAUCCAAACACUGGGGGAGGAAGCUGAAAGCAAGAGGACAGCCCCAGCUAGGCUGUGGGUGGACAGGAGACGAUUGCACUUUGGAAUGUAGAUGUAAAACAUGAACAUGAUGAAGCACACACUGAUCAAAAUGAGGCCUAUAGGAAAACACAACUCCAAUAGCUGUUCCACUGGCACGUUCUUGCACUUUGUGUGAAUGUACAUUUGUGUGUGAGUUAGGACUGCAAGUCUAAAUAUGUACAUAGUAUGAAUGUGGGAUUUUGACCCAUCACCUCUUAUAGUGAAUUGUGGAUUUUACAACAGUCAGUUGUCUUGUCCACAUAAUCCAAUUGUACAAGAAGCAUUCCUCAAGUGCUGGGAUAGAGUAUAUCACCACUGGGACUUUUCACUAUGUGUACCAUUCUGCCUUAGCCCAAAUGUUCUGAAGACAGAUGACUUUACAGCACACAGUCUUUGUCUAGAUUGACUACACUGAUACCUCUGAAUCACACUGGCAACAGAUAAAUGCAUAAUCUGUGCAGUUCUGUGGUGAAGUGUAGACAGACAGAAAAGUAGCUGGAAGUGCUGGAAAAUGUUUAUGUUUUGCUUUGGCAACAGUGUAGUUUUAGUCAAGCAUUGGAUGUAGUUCUAUUUAUGUAGGCAAUUGAAUGAUACCGUAAACUAAAAAUAGUUGAAACGUAUUACCUUUCAUACUAUACGCUGCUUGUACAACAGAUGCAUAAAAAGCAAUAUCACCCUUGAGGUCGUGCCGCUGUUAUUACCGACAUCCUCGUGCGUUGGACCGAAUCACAGACGUGCUGAUAUUAAGUACAUCAUCACUCCCUCUCAUGUAAUAUUGAGUGAAACACCCAGAAAAUAUUGAUUCCACCUGGAAAGUGGAGGAUUGUGAAGUUGCAACAUCCGUUUCCAGUACCAGGAAUGAGGCCUGACCCCUAAAGCCUGUAACAUGUAACUAUACCUAACUGAAAUAUGAAUGACUGAAUUACUCAAUCUUUAUUUGUACAGCGCCAAAUCAUAACAAAUGUUAUCUCCCGACACUUUGCAGAAGAGCAGGUAAAGGACUUUACUCUUUGUGAUAUUCUUAACAAAGACCCAACAUUACUCCUGCAUGAGCACAGCGCUAAGCAACAUUUAGAAAAGUUACAGUAGCAAGUAAAAAAACGUCCUUUAAAGAAGCAGAAACCUCGAGCAGAACCAGACUCAUGUUGAUCAGCAGAAACUCUGUUGGGCUUGGAAAGUGGGAUAGAGUGAGAUGCAGAAAGAAAGAGACGGAUAGAGAGAAACAGAUCAACAACGACGAAUAAGAUAGAUUUAUAGCUACAAUGUCAGUAUCUGUAAAAACCAUGUGUGGUAUUAGCAGUAACAGCUUAGUAUGAUAAUAGACUGAUCAGUAUAAUAGAAACGGGGAGGAUUGAGUGUGUGAAUCAGAGUUGUUGAAGUUGAGCAGCUGUAGGAUUCACUUUGAUAUUUAUAAUAAUGAUUAUGUGAUGAUAUGUAAGGCUGAUAUGAAUAGUUGUAGCAGUUAGGGUUGGGGGUUCCUCAGCUGCAAGGCCGUCCACACCAACGAUCCAGAGGGACCCACGAGACAAGGGAGCUCAGAGAAAGAGAUAUGGUUAGUAACUUACAUGAAGAAUUACAGAUAGUGACAUGCAGUAAUAUGAUGUGAAUGCACAGAGAGAGAGAGAGAGAGACAGGAGCUCAAUGUCAGUCUACGCCUAUAGCAGCUGGUCCACACCUGAGUUAGCUAUAAGCUUUGUCAGAAAGUAAAGUUUUAAGUCUAUUCUUAAAAGUACAGAGGGUCUCUGCCUCACUGGACCCUGACUGUUCGAUGAUUCAAAAGGAGAGGGGUCUGAUAACUGAAGGCUCUACCUCCCAUACUAAACGUAGAGACUGUAGGUAUACACGAGCAGGCCCGCAGUCUGGAAACGCAAUGUUCAUUAAGGGUAACAUGGCACAAUUAGCUUUUUAAGAUAAGAUGGUGCCUGACCAUCAAGAGCUUUGUGAGAAGGAGGAUUUUAAAUUCUAUUCCAGAUUGUAUAGGGAGCCAGUGCAGAGAAGCCAAUACAGGAGUAAUGCAGUCCUUUUUCCUAGUUCUAGUCAGUGCAUGAUUAGUAGCAUUUUGGACCAGCUGAAGGGUCUUUAGAGACUUACUAGGGCAUCCUGAUCAAAGAGAAUUAAAAUAGUCCAACCUGUUUGCAUGAACUAGUAUUUCUGCAACGUUUUGCCUGAUUUUAUAUAUUUUACGAAGU